AUGCUCCCUGGACUUUCUGUAGGGGGUGGGAGUCUGGCUGUGGAGACCCCGGAUGACAGAAACUCAAAUCUUUUUGUUCUUUCUCUUUCAGGUUUGGACACAUUCGGCAUCAUUCUGUACUCUGUUCUCACGUUCAUGGCCGUCGUGUCCCUGCUGGUUUUUCUAGAAGAAUGUGUGUAUAUUUACAGAAAAGUCCCGGCUAACAAGAAGAGUUUAAUCGUCUGGGUGAACGGGGCCGCGCCGGUGAUCAGCACCAUGUCGUGUCUGGGAAUGUGGAUCCCCAGAGCGGUCAUGUUCACGGACAUGACCUCAGCCUGCUACUUUGCCAUCGUGGUGUUCAAGUUCCUGAUCAUGAUGCUGGAAGAGCUCGGGGGCGACGAGGCCUUCCUGAAGCGCUCCAGCAAACACAAACUGAGGAUCAGCACGUGGCCCUGCUGCUGCUGCUGCCCCUGCCUCCCACACGUGGCCAUCACACGGCGCUCCCUCUUCCUGCUCAAACUCGGCUCCUUCCAGUUCGCCCUCCUGAAGGUCGUCUUCUCCAUCCUCUCCAUUGUCCUCUGGACCAACGGGAACUUUGACGUGGCUGAUCAUGCAGGAGGCUCGAGACAAGCCCAGGAAAGAGACAACGGAGAGCGGGUGCACUUUAGCCGAGGAUAA